AUGGGGAAAAAGUUGGUUUGUGAGCUUCAAGCAGGCGAUCACAUCUACUGCAAAAGAAGGGGAGGCCUCUAUGAUCACCAUGGAAUCUAUGUGGGUGACAAUAUGGUGAUUCAUCUGGCUGGAAAGGCAAAGAAGAUUCAACCGUAUACAUGCAAGGAAUGCAUAAACAAGGGGGUUAUCAAUGGCGAAAUAGCAAAAAUCUGCAUUUAUUGCUUCCUUGCUGGCAAAAAGCUUAAGGUCUAUGAGUAUGGCGUUUCCUAUUUCGAACACAAAUUCAAAAAGAACGGUACGUGCUGCAUACGCGCCGCCAGGCCACCACACGAAGUCCUCGCCUCCGCCGCCCAUUUGCUCGAACACGGCGGCUUUGGCAGCUACAACCUCUUAUCGAACAACUGCGAGGACUUCGCCGUGCAUUGCAAGACGGGCUUUGCCGAAAGUAAACAGAUCAUGGGCCAUAUUAAACGACUGACGUUUAUAUUUCCGGUUGUCGGUGCGAUUGCUACUGUUCCUCUUGCGGCGGCUUAUGCCGUGAGCAAGGGGAUCACCGCCUCCAAAAGGCAUCACAGCUUAACUUAA